AUGGAAGUAGACGAUAAUAACGAAGGCUUAAGAUUAGACAAUGGUACUUAUACUGGUUCCGGUCAUAAACAGUGCGUUGUAUGUCGAUCAUUAGUAUCUUCAAAAACGGUGACGAUGCCAAAGCCAGCUCGUCUUGAUUUACUACUCUUUUAUCGACUAUAUGCUCCGUACGGAGUACGUUGUUGUGUAUCUCACUUACUUAACGGUGAUCGUCUUCGACCUGAUGAACAUAUAGAUAUUAAAAAUCUUUUACCAAUUCCUACUUCGUUAUCACCGAUGGAAGCUCGUGAACUUUUCAACGACCUUU